AUGCCUUGCCAAUUCAUGGUAGACAGGCUACUCCAAGCCUCCACCGCCGUCGCCUUCACCGGCUUCCUCGUACUCUGCGCCCAAGCACUAGACGCGAUCUACAAGCUGCGAAAGAGAAAGAGGCAAGCCAGAGCCGAGGGGCCCGUGGCAUUGUCAGGAGUGACAUCCGGCGAUGAGCCGCACAAACCACGCAGGGACCCAGAUACCACCCCAGACGGCCAGCCACGACCGCCGCUACCACCACCAGAACCGGCGGCGGAGAAAGGGCCCGACAACCAGGGCACAAGGCGGCCCCUCCACGACAGGAAGGACGCCCUGAUCGCUCAGGCCCGCGACCUGCGGUGCGGGGACACGACGCCCGAGAUCUCCCACGUCAUAUGCGCCUACCUCUCUGCCGCGGAGGACCUCCUGAAGCUGAACAGGGCCGGGUCAGGGCCAGAGGGCGGUCUCCGCGGCGGCGUCGUCGCCCGGAGGACCGACGCGGAGCUCAAUGCCGCCGCCGCCGCGCUCGUCCGAGAGACGACGGACGCAGUCAAGUCGCUACAGGCCAAGGCGGACCGCAAGGGCGACAGCCACGUGCCGGCGCGCCUCGCAGCCGUCUGUGCGGUUGCGAUCUGGUCGAUGUUGGCAGUCAUGGCCGCAGCGUUCGCGGCCGAGGCGGCCGAGGAGCAGGUCCUCCCCGGGGGCCGGCACAUCGACCUCACCCGCUUCACCCUCCGCGGGGAGCCCCGGGCGUACGGCGGCGGGGCCGGCGCCGCCGGCGCGGUACUGGCCCCUGUCAUACUGGAAUGUCUGCGCGCGGCCGCCUACGUCUCCAAAGCCAUCUCCGACGGCUCUGGCCUUUUCCUGUCGCUCAUCCUGUACCCUGCGGAUGCGGCUUUCGGGUGCCUGGCUUCGACUCUGCUGCUCCUCGGGCUCCCGUUGGGCGUCCACGCCGUGUAUGUGCUGUCGAUGGUGUGUAUCUUCGUGAUGGCAAUAGUGGCUGGCGCGUGCGUGGCCAUAGACGCCGAUGCCGAAGACGACUUGGACGUCGCGGGCGGGCAGGAACAAGGCGCAGGCUGA